ACAUGUGAGUGUUGGUUAUAGCCGUGCGCUCUCUAUUUCAUUUGACAGAGUGACAGCUCGAAAAAUUGGAGGCAAACGCAACAAAUACAAUGUCUCAAUAAUAAUUGCAUCUCGUUUUCGGUUGCAUUGAGUGAUAGAAAGAGAACGACAACACCAUUGAGAAUAGAUACAAAGGAAAUGCAAAAUUAAAGAGUCUAUUGCUGCUGUUGUUGUCCAAAAAGCAACCAAAUCUCAGAGUGACGCCAUUAAGAAGUGCGCUUGGUGAAUUGAAUGUGUAUUGUGUGAGUGGUGGUUAUUUUUUUAUCUUCUACUCGUUCUUGUGUUGCGCUCCCGUUUAUUUAUGUUUAUACACGUUUUGUUUACGGUGCACUCCAUCACCAAUGUCGAGUUUCGAGCAAUUCGUAUAAUAUGCAUAUUUAAAGUUGACAUUUUACAGACGCGCUGAUACACACACAUCAAUUUCAUAAUAUUAAAAAAAGUAACAACAAUUGUUUUAUAUUUCACGGUUUUUUUUUUCAUACGAUUUUAUUGAAUAAGUAAAGCACGUGUUAGUUUAUAAGUGUAAUAGAUUUAGGCGAUUAGAAAUUGGCAUUCCACGAUUAAGGAAGUGCCCAUUCAUAAAAAAAAUAUAUAUACACACACAUACCACAAAUUGAACAAAAUGAGUGAAGAAUCCGAACAAAAUAAUCAAAUUGCAUUGUUUAUGGAAAUAUCGGGUGCUGAUUUCGAUACCGCACGCCAAGCACUCACCGUAAACAAUUUCAAUUUGGAACAGGCAAUCAACUAUCAUUUAGAACGAUCAAAUGCGAUCGGUGCACCAGAGGAUGAUGUUGCAGCGGCAUCCACAUCGACUGACGCAAAUUUACCAAUUGACGAUGAUGACGAAGUUCGACCGCCCAUUCUACCGAAACGUGAACAACUCAUUUUACCAAAUGAAGAUAAUUUUCGGUAUCGCAAACGUUUGACAACAGCCACCCGUACCGUUUGUCCACUGCGAAAUUUUGAAUUAGAAGGUCGAAUGCAAGAGGAACGAUUGAAAGCAGUUGUUAUGGGCAAUAUAUCAACGACGGGCAUCGAUCCAUCCGAUGUUGAUGAAUCGAUAAAUUAUUUAACAAAAGCAACGGCAUCAAAUCCAAAAGAGAAUAUUCUUGGCUUUUCAAAUAGCACACGUGAAUUGUUCAAUCGUCAAUUGAAUGCAAGCGCAGCACAACCGUCCACAAAAUCAACCGUACCAAGCCGAUUGAGCGAACUAUUUCGGCCACCCGUUGAUAUGACAUUUUGCGGUUCAUUUCAAGCGGCCCGUGACUAUGCCAAAGAGCAAAAUAAAUGGCUUAUCGUUAACGUACAAGAUAUGAGUGAUUUUAAUUGUCAAGUACUAAAUCGUGAUAUUUGGUCAAGUGACAAAUUACGAGAGAUCAUUAAGCGAUACUUUGUCUUUUGGCAAGUGGCCAUUGAUAAUACGGACGGCCAUCGAUUUCAAGUAUUUUAUGGUAUACAAGUAUUUCCAUAUGUUGGCAUCAUUGAUCCACGUACCGGGGAAGAAAAACUUUGCUACAAAACUGGAUUCAAACUUACACUCAACGAUUUUAUGGACAAAUUGAAAAUUUAUUUGAAAGAAAAUACACCACAUCCAAAUGCAGAUGAUGGCAUUGUCAGCACUUUUGAUGAAAAAUAUUUCGAAACUAAAACCACAAACUCAACAAACAAUCAUGCAACAGCAUCACCGAAUCCAAAGCGAAAACGACUUGAACCGUCAUCACUGACUGAACAAGAGCAAAUCGAAUUAGCCAUUGCUCAUUCAUUGCGUGAAGUGAAUGCAGCCGAAGAUGACAAUAAAAGUGAUAGUUUUGGUGAACCAUCAUCGGACGAAUCGGACUUUGAUUUCGAUGAUGAAUCGUCAAAUCAAUCGUACGUAAAAAGCCAAACAUCACAAACCGUAUCGGAAAAAUCAAAUACGUUUGAUAAUAAAAUAGCAGAACAAGAAUGUGAUUCAAAGGUUGGUGAGGCCACACCAAGUACAGCACCCAACAUAGAAACAUAUGACAAUUAUUUAGGCGAUGAAAAUGAUGCAAAAGCUCGAAUACAGUUGCGACUUCCAAGCGGUGAUCGACACAUGUUUGAGUGGCCUUGUACGACAAAAUUGAAAGCGCUUAAGCUUUAUAUACCGUUUAAAUAUCCCGAAUUAACUAGCGACCCGUACAAAGUGAUUUGUCCGUUUGUCGGCGGUCAAUCGAAUAACAUUUUAGACAUGGACGAUGCGCUCACGCUCAAAGAAGCCAACCUCUAUCCAACAGUCAUCUUACAUUUAAGAAAUGAAGACUAAACAACCAAAUUAUGUGUAGUUUCCUUUUUAUAUGUUCAAUUUACUUUUUAUUCCAAUCUUUUUUUAUACAAAAAGAUUAUUUUUAUUUUAUUUUUCAAUUCACACGGAACAACAAAACAACAAAAAUAACAAUAGAAAUGAAUCACUUGAAAUUAAAAGUGUUAUUAUGUGUUGAGAUAUAUUGAAAUCAAAUUUUAUGUUUGUCGAUUGAAUCCAAAAUGCGAUUUCAUUGACCUCAUACAAUAAUCUAUUAAUUUCAAUCAAAUUACAUUCGUGCAUGUGAAUUAUGACACACAUUUUUUUGUUGUAUAGAAAAAACAAUUCAUAAAAUAAUGUCUCUCGUUUCAAUCGUUCGGUUAACAAAUAAACAUAUUUUUGACGAAAUUAACACGAACAAUGUAACUCAAUUGGUUAAAAGAGAAUUUAUUAAUUACAUAUUGUUAACGAUGAUGAUAAACCAAAAAUAAUCGAUGUAAAUUGAACAAAAAAAAAUCGGAUUAACGAAGAGGCAAACAGUUACGCUUAUGACGUAAAGCAUCGAGCAAAGAGUCGGAUGAAAUGAUCGAUUUACGUCAUUUGUUUGAAUUUUGAAAUGACCUCGAGAAAAGCAACGAUCGACUUAAACUAUUUAUGUGAUUUUCAAUCGAAUCAAACGAAAUAUAGUUUGUUUCCGAAUUGUAGAUCAAAAGAA